AUGUUUGGAUCCAAGCUGCGCUCCUGGAUGGAGACGCACAUCGUGCGUCCGCGGAAGAAGGGCAGCAAGCACAAGCAGGCGGCCGCAGAGGCUUCGCACAGUAGCGGUAUCACCACUGGGAAUGGCAAGAAGGCGGGCACACUGCCUCCACAGGGCAGCAACCUUACCAGCCCCGUGCUGACAAGUAGCGGAAGCCACAGCAUCGCCAGCCCAGUGCGGAGGCGCGAGGUAUCGCCCAUACAGUGCCAUCCUCCCAGUCGUCGGUAUGGAUGGCAGUCACCAGAUGAAGAUUCAUACGUCAUAACAUCGCCAAAAUCGGACAAUCUGCUGUAUGCCCCACAAUGCUACCAACCACUUCAGCAGCAACAGCACCACACCCAUCACCUGAGCGUGCCCAACUGCAAGGAUAUCUCCUGUGCAGAGAAGUCGCCCAGCAAAGUGAACUGUUCCUCUUCGUCCAUUUCGUCGCUUUCCUGGUCCACCGGAUCUAAGGAGCCCUCGUCGGGCAAGCAAACAACAUUCAAAGAGCAUCAGCCCAAUGGGGAGUACCACAUUCCACCCGAAGAGGAAGAUGAGGUGGAGUACGAGGAGGUGGGAGCGCUACUGUUGCGCCCCCAGCCUCCUAUAACGGACUACCAGCGUCCGCAGUCGGAGAACUUGGCCGACAUGCGUAUGAUCUACGAGAAGGAGAGCAAACCAAACUCCAAUCAUGUCCGCUAUGGCCGCCUGCUGCCCUCGAAGCUAGCUCCUGCUCAACUGGGAGAGGCUGCGGACGGCCUGACCACUGCUCCACCCAUUCCUCCGGCUGCUUCCUCUGCAUCCGCUGGUUCGAGGAUUCGUACACCACGGGGAGUGCAGCGCACUAAUUUCAUGCCCGGACCACGUCCGCAUAGCCUGCCAUCGCCAGAGAGCGCCUACUCCACGGGUUACUCCACAGAUGGCACCUCUCCAUGCGCCGCCAGCAACUACAAUCCCCCCGAGUACUAUAUAAACAUGCGCUCGGGUACCCACUACUUUCCCAAGAGCAUCAACUCGCUGGCCAUCGAGGCGCAGCGCUACAAGUUCGGCUUGAAUCGCAUCGAGGAGAUGUCACCUAUGGACCCCUUGCCUAAGAGCAACUUCGCCAAUGCCAUUCACGGCCUGGAGUCGUCGCCCAAUCCCCUGGCACUUCGUCAGCAGCCAAAGUUAUUUGAAUCUCCCUCGCCGAGACAGCGCUGUCGCAUAAGGACCAAUCCCUGGUACAACACGGCCGAGCAUUUGCCACCCUCCUCCUCGGCGCCUACGCGUCUAGAGCUGGAUGCCACGAGCACCACCUCCACCACAUCGUCGGGCAUUAAGUCGGGCAAUGAGCUGGAAGUUCCGGCUGCCAAAACAACAGCAAAAACAGAAACGGUAAAGGGAUCAGCAUAUGCAACCACCACCAGCUGCAAAGGCACUCCCAGAAAGUCAGCUAGAGUGGGUGUGGAGGGUGGUGUUGCACCUGGUGGAGUUGCUUACGAGUCCUCGGAGGGCUCUUCGUCGUCGACUGAAGUGGAAAAUCUGCAUGCCCCACACACCAUAAAGCGGCGCCACUUGGAGCACGUGGAGACGACAACAACUUCGGCCCCGGUGGCUGCUGGCGGUGGAGCUGGAGUAACCACCACCUCCUUUAUGCUCAGCGAUGAUGAGGCCACACUCAACGAGAUGAUUGGCAAGUUUGACGAGAGCUACAUCUACGAGAAGGAGACCGACAUACUCAGCAGCGACUCUGAUCCCACAGAUGACUGUGCCUCGGAGCUGGACACCGGACAGGAUGCUGGCGAUGAGUGUGACACGGAUGAGUUGCUGGACAUCGACUUUAUUGACACCUCAUCCAUGCAGGAGGUGGUCCUCGACCGCCAAGAUCUGGCCCGUAAUCUGGGAAGCUGCCAGUACUACUUCAAUGAGCCCAUCAGUCCCUUGAUCAAGCGCAAGUCCUCGACCCGCUCCCGCCGGAAGAGCGGUCAGGAGUCAGCUGAUGGUUCGCAGCAGCGACGGCGUAAGCGCUUUCUCAAGACGCGCAAGAAGAGCUGUGAGAACCGCGAAAAGCUUCCGGCAUCUCCUCUGCGUGAGCCUCGUGGUUCCCGUAGUGUGGGUGGAACGCCAGUCUGUCUGCGUCGUAAGCUGCUAGGCCCCAAGGAGAGGAUCUAUAAGACGUCGCCGCUCUCGAAUCGCUCCAAUUCGAUGAUCUUUGGCAGCAUCACUGAGAAGACCUCGCUGACCAUUGCCGAGAGCGAGAAGGCGCUGCUUAAGGCUGACUUAGAGGCUGACAUCAAGUACAAGCAGCUCAUCAUGGAGGCCGAACAAAUGCUGGAAUCAAUGAGAAACAGCUUGCAGAGUAUACCCCGGGACACACCCGUCGCCAGUCCGAGGCGCGUGAAUCCCUUGGCCAAUAAGCGCGUGGAAAUGCUCAAGCACAGCGAGGUAGACUCGAAGAAGCAGCCGGCGCUACCGGCAACUCCUCCGUCGGAGCACGAACUAGCCGCCGCCAUCAAUAAACGUAUCGAGAUGCUGAAGUUUGCAGAGAAUUCUGCGGCGUCGUCGCCACCCAAUAGUCCCAAGCCCGGCCGCUGCAGUCCCCGGAAGACUCAUCUCACCAACUUCAUGAACCAGAAUGCUCCGCCCGAGCUGCCUCCGCGCAAAAUAAACGGCAACCCACCCAUUGCUCCGCUCUCACCGCAGCUGCAGUUAAAUGGGAGGCGGCUCCAGGAGAGUCCCUUGGGCAAGCGACGCAUGAUGACGGUGACGUCGACGACUACGACGACAGUGUUCAGCUUCAAUGACGAUGACUCGGAGUUGGAGUGCAUUGCUGUGGAGGAUGUGGGCAAUAUCAACUCGGAGGAGGAGCCACAGUUGGCACCGCAGAGCAAUAAUAACAAUUUCUAUUGUCCACAUAGUGAGCCGCUGAAGCGAAAGGUCUACAAGGGCAGCUCUUCCUUUGAGCGCAUCAAGAAGAACUUUGACUUGGAGCUAGACAUAAGCGGACGUAGCAAGUCGAACGAACGCUCGCAAUCAAAGUUGUCGACUUCCGUGUCGGCCAAGAGCUCAAUGCAUGAUGUGACCGGUAAUGAGGCGAAGGCCCAGGCAAUAGGUGGCGGAGGCGGAGGCGGAGGCAGUAACCGCAAACAGCAGUUAAUACUGAGCACCAUUGUGGAUCUGAAGCGAAGUCUGGAGCAUCAGAGCCAUCAACUGAGCGGCCUGAACUGUGACUAGAACUGAGCUUGAACUGACUACAGAGGCUAAGAUCAUCAUUAUCAUACGUAACCCAUGCAUAAUCUAGAAUCUAGACAGUAAAUAGCUUGCUAAGGCCUAAACUAACAAGUCCAACCGAAUCCCUCAGACUAGACACUGAAACUGAGCGCAAUAACUUUCUAAAUGAUAAGAGAACCCGAUUAUUUACACGAUAUACUCAAGGGCCGCAAUAGAAACUAUGGACUGGUGCAGAAAGUUAUCCCCAAAAUAUCUGUAGAAUGUAGUUUAAACCUUAUUUAUGUUGGAGUAUGUAUGUUUAACCGUAGACAUUUCCCAAGGGUUUUGUUCUUUUAUAUUUUGUUGAUCUGUUGUUGAGAUUUGAUAUUUUAGUCUGUUAUUUGCCAUUUGAAAUUUUUAAUUUUUAACCAAGUAUUAAUAUUCAUUUAAUUUGUUUGUCUGAAUAUCAUUCAAAUCAAAUAGUAUUAUUUCGUUGGGUUGCCAAGCUGGAAAGGUGUUCUAAACAUCAAAUCCUUGGUGCAUCCUUUAAGUAACUAUCUAACCCACUCAUACCAUACUAUACCAAAAACUUUAGCUUGAAUACGUUGAUCUUAGACAUUAUAUGGAACUACAUGUGUCAAUACUGAUAUACUUAUCCUUAGUUUUACUUAUCGAGCAUUUAUGUGCGAGUGUGGCGACUGAAUCCUAAGCAUAUCCCAUGAACAGCGCCUACAUUUAGAGAUUUAUACAUAGAACUCUGCUCAUUACUAGAAUGAUUCACUUAAUCAGCAUUAUCGAAGAGUAUUUGGAGCUAGACCUUUAAGUAAACCAAAUUAUUAUCCAUCCAAAUGAAAAUUGUUUGUUUUAGCCAAAUUGUUUGUAGUUUAAUGGAAAAAACAAAUUAAAAUAUUGUUUCCUUAGUUGCAUUGCUUAGUUGAAGAAAUUGAUUGAGCGAACCGAAAUCGUAUUGUGUUCUCCAUGAAUUUUAAAUUUGUUGCAAUUGGUAAAGUUUGUGCUGAUUUCCAAUUCGGAUAAAUUGUUUGUAAUUUGGAUACAUCGAUUUUGUACCUACACGUUCUUUCCUGAAUUACAUGUGUAUUAUUGUGUUGUGUGCCCCAUUAAUAUGCAUAUAGACGCUAUAGAAUCCACACAUAGCGUACAUAUAUAAUCUAAGUCAAUAAUGUAACGUGAUAAUAAACUUAAUGAAUACCCCAA